GGAUACGUUAUUCCUUUCAACCAAACAGGCCUUUACCCAUCCUCUCCUCUACAUUAUCCACUACUCUCCACUUGAGAGAUACAUAGAGUUUCAAAAAUGGCGAUUUCCAUCGCUUCUCUCACCUCAUCCUUUGCAUCUCUCUCAUUCUCUUCUCAAAUAUCUCAAAAACCCUUUACCUUAUCCCUCACACAUUCAAAGCAGCAAUUGUCAUUAUCUUCCAAAAUACCUUCACUCGUAGUAUCAGCUUCCGUAGCUGAAGCACCAGAAGAAUUGGAAACUCGAGAGGAUUUACUGAAGCUGGUGAAAAGUAGACUUCCAGGGGGUUUUGCUGCACAGCCAAUUCAUGGAACUGGGAGACGUAAAAGUGCAAGUGCUCGUGUUGUCCUUCAGGAAGGUUCUGGUAAAAUCAUCAUCAACUAUCGUGAUGCCAAGGAGUAUCUUCAAGGAAAUCCAUUGUGGAUUCAAUAUGUUAAAACUCCAUUGGCCACUUUAGGAUAUGAGGCUAGCUAUGAUAUUUUUGUCAAGGUGGAAGGCGGUGGUCUUUCUGGGCAGGCUCAAGCAAUCUCCCUUGGUAUUGCUCGUGCACUCCUAAAGGUUAGUGAGAGCUAUAGAAAACCAUUGAGAGGGGAGGGUCUGCUAACUAGAGAUGCCAGAGUUGUGGAGCGGAAGAAAGUUGGUCUCAAGAAGGCUCGCAAGCGUCCACAAUUUUCCAAGCGUUGAGGUUGGUACUUACGCAUUGUGGCUGCAUUUGGUAGAAAGAUUUGCUGGUUUAUUGACCCAGAUUGUGGAAAGAACGUAUCAGUGAUCUGAUUUGACUGUUGAAGAUCAGGAACUGUUUCAGAUUUAUCACUCAAAUGCUUUUUGUAAAUUUUGUAUCAGUCCUGACUCAGAAUUACAAUUUGUUCUGUUGAAGGUAUUGUUGGGUUUAGUUUCUUGUAACUGGUCUAUGUCACGAUUCACAUGGUAAACAUACACUGGGACGGUUUAAUAUAAUUCUGGAGAUUUUUGUUCAA